CAGAAAUUAGAAAAUUGCCGCCAUUUUCUAUUCAACACAAAAAGGAUAAUCCUUCGGAAAGAAAAAUUAAGGCGGACGCAAUGGAACCAUCUGUACGUUUAUGUGGCCUUCAGUUUAUAGAUGCUAUAACAGGAUCAGUUAGAGCACAAAAAUUUUGUCCAGUUUCUACUAAAUGUUGUUCAUAUCCAUACUAUGAUGAUGAAAUUGGUACGGUAUAUGAAAGAGAAUUGGGUUGUUGCCCCUUUAAGGAUGGAAAUUGUUGUAGAUAUUCACGUAAAUGUUGCCCUAAAGGAUUUGAAUGUACAAAUGAUAAUAAAUGUAUUUCUAUUGAAAAUUAUGAAAGUCAAGAGGAGAAAGAGGAGAAAGAAGUUGUAGAACCUAUUUCUAUAUCAGAACAUUACGAGUACCCUUCACUUUUUCCAACACUACCAUCAUGCCCGGAUCGUUCAAAAUGCGUUCCGCGAGGUGGUGACAUUACUUCGCGAAAAGAUACUACUACUUGCUGCCCACGUUAUGAAAAUAACGAGCUAGUUGGUUACGAUUGUUGCCCUGAGAAAAAGGUAAGGGUUGAAAAAUCUAUUAGAAACUGGAAUAGUCGAAUCUCUCUAACACAUUGCCUUCGGGGCUGAAUGUAGUAGUUGGUAUAUAAGGAAAGUAACACGUGAGUGGGAGCCAAUUAAUUAUAAGACAUGUCCUCAGGACCGGAUUGAGCUGAAAUGAUGUGAUGUGUGAGUGGAC